CAAAUUACUGUGGAUGUUGUAAUCUGUACUGAAAAUAACAAAUGCUGAUGGUCACAGAGGCAGCAUGCAUGGACAGACAGCAAGCUAACGUUUGGAGUCUAGAUGAAUCUAGGACUGAGGACGCUAAACUGGUGUGCACUUCUUUCAUACCAGGAACAUAAAAACAUGGGAGAUAUUACAUCUCUGGAGCCAAUCCUCUCAUUCAUCCGUACCAGGUCUGGCGUGGGAUCAGUACAGGAUCUCCUGAUGAGAAUCAAUCUCUACUUUCUAUCACAAUAAAACUUGAAAAUGAGUGAAAUUUUUUUUUUCCGAAGGAAACUUUAGCUGAAGUCUUCGCUCUCACAAAUCUCUCGCUUUCAGCUUCCCUCUCUCGACAGGCUUUUCCUAAAAAAAAUAAAAUGCAUGGCGAGUGGAUCCAAGCCAUUCGGCAGCUGAUACAAUGCAUCGUUGCUAAGUACAGAAACGGUGCAUUUGUUAUUAUCGAACGAUGUGCAGCCUUUCCUUCCAACCCUCUGGUUUGUACAGUCCCCGGUCCUUCCGGCCUGUCAAAAGGAUGAUUGGCAGCAACAGCACGCGAACAAUAACAGCGACGAGCGAUACAUGGAGACUCUUAUCAGUUGGAAACGCUCAGAAAGUCCAAUCGAAAGAACAAGAGAGAAACUCCUCACAUCCACUCACCAGCCUCCCAGCUUCUGGUUCACGGCACCGGAAAUCUGAUUAACGAUCAAAGAAGACUGAGUCUAAAUGGAGCGCCGGGUCUCUCUGGGCGGGAAUGCAGGAAAUCCCGCUUCUGUGUUCCAACCCUUUCUGGAUGGCCGCUUACCUUGCGGGAGGUUACAGCACACGCCCAUCCUCCCCAUGGACCAAAUGAAGCCUAGCCGCCUGGAAAAUGACUACGUGGAGAACCCUGUGGCCAGCCAGCCCUGUAGGAACCCCAGCCCCCAGAGCAGGCCGGGUCAGCCUCCAGAAUCAACAGCGCUCACCCCCCGGGAGCCGGCCUGUCAGCACCCUGCCAUACCCUGGGCAUCUGUGACCGGGCGGCCCAGCUCCAUCAGCAGCAGCAGCAGCACCUCCUCAGACCAGCGGCUUCUGGACCACGCGGCGCCGCCUCCCGUGGCCGAGCAGCAGGGCUGCCCCAGGGCUGUUCGCUCACAGCCCAAGUCACCCCCCGGCAACAAAAGUGUCGACCUGAAGGAGACCCCCCGCCGCCAGGAGAACGCCAAGCACAUGGUGUUAUGCGAGGGCUGCGGGAAGUGCAGGUGUAACCAGUGCGUGUCCCCCAGGACUCUGCCGUUCUGUUGGGUUUGCAGUCAGAGGUGCCUCUGCUCCCCGCAGAAAGUUGUCAACUAUGCCACCUGCAUGUGUCUGGUAACAGGGAUUUUCUACCAUUGCACCAAUGACGAUGAUGAGAGAUCCUGUGCUGACCAUCCCUGCUCCUGUUCUCACUCUAACUGUGGUGCCCGCUGGUGUUGUAUGGGGGCCAUGUCAGUAUUCCUGCCCUGUUUGCUGUGCUAUCUGCCAGCCACUGGGUGCGUCAAACUCUCCCAAAAGUUUUACGACACUGUCAGCCGCCCAGGAUGCCGUUGCAAGAAUUCCAACAGUGUGUACUGCAAGGUCCCAGAGGUGUCAGUCUGCAGUGGGGAGAAGCUGCCCUCCUGAUGCGAGAGGGCCUGUGAGGUGGGAUGGGUGGGGGUGAAAUGUGAUGUGGUUAAUGGGACAAUAAAUCACAUCUGUACUUUUCCAGUUCAGUCUUUGCUGCCAGUUCCUGCUUUCAAAAGAAUUACAUGGUCUGUAGAGUAGUGAGUGGGCAAAACCUUACUGUCUUUCUGAAAUGGGCAUAAUAUAUAAUUAAAAUAAACUUUCAAGGAGCAGUUAAAUGUGAGGGUUUUGCAAAGCUCUUUAGAAAUCUAUGCCUUUGUUGUCAACAUUUGGAGGGUGUUCUAUCCAAAAACCAAAGGGUUUCAUUUUCUUGGGAGAGUGGGAUGGGUAGGAGGGAGUCCUAAUUCUAAGCAGUCUAAGUCAUUACUUCGAAAUUCCACCAUGUAGUACAUAUUGGUUGCCAUUAUUCUGAUUGACUUCUGGCCUAUUGCUAAUUCUAACAUGCUUCACAGUUUUGGCUUUUAUUUGAAGUGCCACACAGAAUUUAACGAGGUAUAUUUUAUAGCUAAAGAGUUUCAUUACUGUCACUGCCUAUACUGAGACUUUUUUUGAAAUAUGAUCAAUAGCGAUUAUUCCUUUAAACUUCUUAAAUGGCAUGAUUUGCUUUUAAGGUGGUAUUUAAAGUCUUGAUCCAUGCUGUGCCAAAAAGCUCUGUGAGGAAAUGGCAUGUAACUCAAAGUAAGGCACAUCGUAAUCACUGCAAAGUUCAGUGUAAUAACUUGACAGACAUUGGUACUACUGGCCGAAGACAUAUUAAAAUUUUACUAGACACUUUAGAUUAGAAUCUUGAAAAAAUACAAUGAAGUAUUUUCAAUGUUCUUGGAAAGGUUGCCCAAACUCUACUCCACAGAUUCUUUAACCUUCAAAUUAAAGCAUCAAAUGUGUUAACUGUGUCUGAUUUCAUGCAACAGAAUGUAAUUUUCUGAAUGCUAGGAAGGCUUUACAGUUGAUUGUUUUUGUGUAUGUUAUGCGUCUGCAACAAAAUUUUGCAUUGCCUUCCCGGUCCCGAUUAAACCUGGUUUCUUGGUCUCUGCAUCACAAGAGUUUCUUAGCACAUCAACAGUGCCAGUGCUAAGUGGGAUUAUUUUAUGAGGAGUGAGAGAACUUUGUAUUUCAUCAGUGAGCAUGAUUAGAUGAAAAUGACUCUUUUUCAACUAAAAUUUACUACAAAACUAAUUACUGGGUCAGCAUUUUAAGAAACUAAUUCUAUUAGAUAUAAAAAUGAUAAUUCACAAUUAUUACCAUGGCUCUAUAUGUAGAGAUAUAUAAAAGGAGGGAGAAAAGGCUCAUGUUGUCUUUGCAUUAUUAAAUUCUUUACAACUAUAGUAUGUGAGUGUAGGCAAUUAAGUUUGUAUGUUCAAAGCCGUGUGGAGUCCUGUAGCCUAACCAUUCAGCUCUAAAGAAGUGCUGUGAUGGGAGUAAGAAUUGGCAAUAUCUGCAUCAAUUAACUGAGGCAAGCUCUGUAAGAUCUUAUAGGAAACAAACCAAGAGGACUGAUGAAAGCAUCUGAUAAUAAGAGAUGUAAGAAUUAGAAAGGUAUUAAUUGCAAUACUUAUAACAAAGAAAAUAAAAUAUUUCUUCCCCAGCCUUUCUUGAUAGAAUUACCAUCAGUCCUUGACCUUCUUGUGUAUUAUCCACAAGAACAUUAUGUUCCAAAAUAAUAAAAUGAGUAUUUUUGAAUGAAACAUAAAAAUACUAAUUAAUUUAUAAAAUGAGAAUUUUUUGAAAAAGUUUUAAAACUUCAGCAAUUUUAACAUUUACUGGAUGGUAAAGGUGCGUCAGAGCGAUUAUUUGGCGAUAAUUAUUUUCACAUAGAGAAACUCUUGACCAAUCGAUGGCAAUAUUUAUUCUCCUUAGAAAACCAGAGAGUCAUUGGAUGAAACUGAGCAAUGAUUUGAAACUGAUAGUACUACAGGUUCAUGAAACUUUUGAUUAUGUAGUGCACAAGGAUUGAAAUGCAGAUGUGUUUUUUGGAGAAUUAUAAUAUGUAUUUUUAACAGUUCUGACAUCAUAGCUUUAUGAUGAUUAUUUAUUGAGAAUCUCUAUAAAUGCAUCUUAAAAUGUUAA